CAGAACUCGAGCAGCUCAGUCACCACCCCAGGAAAUGACAUCAUUACUUUAUAAAUGAGAUUCAUGUUCUAAAUUUGUAUUCCUGCAGAAACAAGCACAAUAAAAGCUGCUGAACUGAGAGCAAACUUUAAUAUAUAUUUCAUGACAAAAAUGUUUAUUAUUAUAUACAUUUAUGCGGUUCUCUUGUCUUUAGUCACAGAAGCUGUUCUGGGAGUGACACUGGAACAAAAAGAUCUCUUCAUGACAAAAGGUGAAGACAAAACUGUGUAUAUCAGCUGCAAAGUGACCGGAUUAAGCACUAGCUAUGUCCACUGGUACCAAAAGAAAGACGGUGAAGCUCUCACAAGGAUCCUAUACGUCGAAAGAGGAAGCUUACCGGUUCAGGAUCCUAACCAUCCUGAAGCAAAGGACUUCAGUGUGAGGAUACAGUCUGAUAAUUAUGAGCUGAAGAUAGCAAGACUGAAGAAAAGUCACUCAGCAGUGUAUUACUGUGCCAGCUGGGACAGCAGUGAUGGGGACUGGGUGAAGGUUUUCGGCUCAGGAACAAGACUUAAUGUAACAGACAGCACGGUGAUAGCGCCUCAAUUGUCCGUGUAUCCAGUGUUCAAGUCUGAAAAAUAUGAAAAGUCUGUGUUGCUGUGCCAGGCGAGAGGCAUGUUCCCCAACCUGGUGAGAUUCACCUGGCAAGCAAAAGAUCUCAACGGACAAAAGGUGCAACUGGGAGAUGAUGAGAUUCUGGAGCAGACAGAAGAGGAUCCGGAAGUCAGAAUAACCAGCAUGCUCAUCGUAGAUAAACAGAAAGCCAUCAAAAAUUAUUUCACCUGCUCAGUUCAACAUGACAGUGAUAAACACAAGACGUUGUCCAUUCCAAGAGAUGAAGACCUAUGUAAGAAUAAGUCAGAUCCCGGCAUUUCUAAGACCUCUUCAAUUCAAAAACCAGAAGAAGAGGAUGAAGAAGAAGAAAUCAGAAAUUUUGGUUCGUUUGAGCUCAGUCGCAAACUGUACCUGUUCAGUCUGACGUAUGUGAUACUGCUGGUGAAGAACGUGUUUUAUUUCUGCAUCGUCUCUGUCUUACUGUCCAUGAGAAAUCCUGCUCACAUGGAGAUGAUACAAGGCAAAGUUCACUGAUCAGUCCAUUUGUUUGAUUUGUUUUUAGUUCAUUUUUAUGUUUUUGUGUGUUUAAAUCAUCUGGAGAUUCUAAUCAUAUAAAUUGUAUUUUAUACACUUUUGUUUUUAUACAGUUACAUUUUAACCUCUUAUAUCGAUCUGUGUAUCUGUUCUGUCCUUUAAUUAUUUCUGAUGUAUUUUCUAAAAUACUUACCUUUUAUUGCUAUUGUUUAAAAGUGGACUGUUGCAUUAUUAAAAGAUUUUCAAAAACAUUUUAAAAAUAAAUUCUUUGAUUGAAAUGA